AUGAAUAGUUGUCCAGGAGUAGGAAGCAAAGAGGCUGGUGUUGCAGAAGGAUGUAAAGGGUGUCCCAGUGCAGAGAAAUGUAAGACAGCCAAACCGGAUCCAGAUAUCGAUCGAAUCAAAGAAAGAUUGAAACAGUUUAAACAGAUUGUUGCAAUAAUGUGUGGCAAAGGCGGUGUUGGUAAGAGUUUCAUGUCUGUACAACUUGCUAGUCACCUCAAACAGCAUCAUAAUGUGCUUCUAAUUGAUUUUGACCUAUCUGGUCCGUCAAUUCCAAAAUUAACACAAACGGAAAAUCAUAUAAUAUCGAACAUUGACGAUACAUUUGAUCCAAUUGAUGCAAAUGGAUACAAAACAUUCUCAGUAGGACACAUUAACACAACCAGUGACAUAUUUGAUAGUAGUUACAAGACGUAUUUGAUCAAGAAGAUUCUGAAAAAUUGCAAUUUUGACAAUUGUGAUAUCCUGAUCAUUGAUACACCACCAAAUAUCACUGAUGAACAUAUUGCNAGUCACCUCAAACAGCAUCAUAAUGUGCUUCUAAUUGAUUUUGACCUAUCUGGUCCGUCAAUUCCAAAAUUAACACAAACGGAAAAUCAUAUAAUAUCGAACAUUGACGAUACAUUUGAUCCAAUUGAUGCAAAUGGAUACAAAACAUUCUCAGUAGGACACAUUAACACAACCAGUGACAUAUUUGAUAGUAGUUACAAGACGUAUUUGAUCAAGAAGAUUCUGAAAAAUUGCAAUUUUGACAAUUGUGAUAUCCUGAUCAUUGAUACACCACCAAAUAUCACUGAUGAACAUAUUGCGCUCUUCAAUUACAUCAAAGAAUGCUCUACGGUGCUGAUUUCUACGCCACAUCCACUUGCAAUGUCUGAUUUGAAUAGACAGCUUAGUUUCUGUAAAAAGGCCAAAAUGCGUGUUUUGGGCGUAGUAGAAAACAUGAGUGGGAUAGAAUGCAUAGAAUGCGGUCACAUCAAUGACGUAUUUGGUACUGGAGCAGUUGAACUAUUCAGUACCAAAAACAGCCUUAUUUUCUUAGGCAGAAUAAAUUUCAGUAUCAAAAUGUGCAGGGUGAGGUAA